AUGUCCGAUAUCAAAAAGCAAGAUGCUGCAGACCUUAUGGCCUCGCUAAAUUUAGCAGAGUCCAAGGCUAAAGAGGAGAAGACUGUUCCAAAAGUUGAUGAAGCGACGGAUGUCAAGAAGGUGGAAACUAAUGAGAACUCGACCAAGGAGGUCAAGGAUGCAGAUCCAAAGGAACCUUUACCAGAGGGGAACCUGGUUAAAUCCACCUAUGAAGUCAAGGUGAAAUUGGCGGAUCUUCAAGCAGAUCCAAACUCUCCACUCUAUAGUGUCAAAUCGUUUGAAGAGCUUGGUUUGAAGCCAGAACUACUUAAAGGUUUAUAUGCCAUGAAGUUUUCUAAACCUUCCAAGAUUCAAGAAAAGGCAUUACCAUUGCUAUUAUCCAAUCCUGCCAGAAACAUGAUUGGACAAUCGCAGUCGGGUACUGGUAAAACAGCAGCUUUUGCAUUGACAAUGUUAUCGAGAGUUGAUGAAGGCAAUCCAAACGUUCAAGCUAUUUGUUUGUCACCAGCUAGAGAAUUAGCAAGACAAACAUUAGAUGUCGUUCAAGAAAUGGGUAAAUUCACAAACAUCAAAACACAGCUAUUAGUUCCAGGGUCUCUAGAGAGAGAUUCAAAGAUUGACGGACACAUUCUUGUGGCAACACCGGGUUUCUUAUUGGAUAUGAUUAGAAAGAAAAGAGUUUCUGUUGGAAGUGUUAAAGUAUUUGUUUUGGAUGAAGCAGAUAACAUGUUAGAUCAGCAAGGUUUAGGUGACCAGUGUUCAAGAAUCAAGAAAUUUUUGCCAAAGACCACACAAUUAGUGUUGUUUUCUGCAACUUUCCCAGAUGAAGUCAGAAGAUAUGCUGAGAAGUUUGUUCCAAAUGCUAACUCUUUGGAGUUGAAACAUGAGGAACUAAACGUUGAUGCUAUUACCCAAUUGUACAUGGACUGUGCGGAUGAAAAUGAAAAGUUCAAGAAUUUAUGUGAGUUUUACGGUUUGAUGACAAUUGCAUCCUCUAUCAUUUUUGUCCAACGUAAAGAUACAGCUGAUAAACUAUACAUGAGAAUGAAACAAGAAGGCCAUGCAGUCUCUGUUCUACAUGGAUCGCUAGAGUCGUCAGAAAGAGAUAGAUUAAUUGAUGAUUUUAGAGAGGGCCGUUCAAAAGUUUUAAUCACCACCAAUGUUCUUGCCAGAGGUAUUGAUAUACCCUCCGUUACGAUGGUUGUCAAUUACGACAUGCCAUUUGAUAAGAAUGAUAGGCCUGAUCCAUCUACCUAUUUGCACAGAAUUGGUAGAACCGGUAGAUUCGGUAGAAGAGGUGUUUCUAUCUCAUUUAUCGACAGCAAGAAAUCGUAUGAGUGCCUCCAAUCGAUUUCCAAAUAUUUUGGUGGUAUUGAAAUGAAGAAAUUGCCAAACGACGAUUGGGAUGAAAUUGAGGAAAUAGUCAAGAAGGCCUUCAAAUAG